AUGGAGGCCGCAGGGGUAGCUCUCGCCAUUUUACCACUUCUCUUGAACCAGUUAGACAACUAUGUUCAAGGCAUCCAAACCCUCAAACUCUUCAAGGCAAGGCAUUAUCGCCGCGAGCUCGAGCAUUAUCAAUCCAAUCUGGCAAUACAGCAUGCAGUAUUUCAAAAUACCCUGGUGAGUUUGUUGGAUAGCGUGGGAGAAUAUGGAGACGAAGACGAGGACCUGCUCCAAACCCCGCUCGGAGAUUUGUUACAACGAGAAGGUCUGCAGUCUAGCCUCCAGAAGAAGCUUGGGAGUAGCUUCGUUCCGCUUUUCCAUACGAUGACCGAACUGUCAAACCUGUUCAAGGGCCUGCAGCAGAAACUUGGCUGGGAAAUGGGAAUAUCUACAGUGUCUCUCCUCAAGAGUGAGCUCAAGAAAUUUAAAGAUAUCUUUUCUAAAAGUAUCUACAACGGGAUGUUUGCUCGACUCGAUACCGCCAACAAUUUGCUCAAAACCCUAGUUGAACAGUCCGAUCGCCGAACCAUUAUACGUAAAAAGAGACACUCAAAGCGGUCAUUACUACGCCAGAGACGGACCCGAAAGUCUGCUCGCAGUCUUCAUACUGCAAUCAUUGGCGGCAAAUGCUGGAAUUGUCCCUGUCGAGACCGACAUGCUGUGCACUUUAUGCUCAAGUACCCUGAGCUCGACGGGAAUAAAGACCAAAAUAAAUAUUCAUCAGAGGCUCGAUUUCGAAUGAUAUUCGCCACUUAUGAGCCUAUAAAUAGUCCUCGGAAAUUGGAUCUUGGGCUUGAGGUCGAAACAGAAACAGAAACAGUCCAGUCGAACACACCUUCCUGGAACAACUGCCCUCCGCACUGUGUCACAGGGCAGAUUUCAGUUCCAAAGAAGGUUCAAUUUUCGAUUCAAGGAGAUAAUCUGAAAAGUCAACAAAUUCAGAAAUCUAAUGAUGCGCCCAUCAUUCUCAAUAUUUGCGUGACACUGUCGAGUGUCGGAGCCGCCUGUCAACCUGACAAACCGUUCGGGUGUUUCUCAGACGAUAUGCAUCGACACAAUAUGUACUAUAUACGAAACAUUGCCGCAGAUUUGAGAGCGAUAUCACUAUCUGAUCUAAUUUCAGAAUCAAGUGAUUAUUUCAAAGCGCCUACAAGCGACCGCUUUCUACUUACCCGAAAGCAGCGUCUUCGGUUGGCAGUGAAUCUCGCCUGCAGCGUGCUUCAAUUUCAUGGGAGCUGGCUUAAAACUCACUGGCGCGCCAAAGAUAUCAUGUUCAAUACAAGCACUGAUAUUGAUAGUCCCUUUGUUCAAUGGAAUGUUGGCAAUGAGGGGAAUAUGUGGGGAAUGGGUAAGGGUAAAGGCAAGGCAACCUCUCCCUUGAUUCAAAGCGACAUCCUUUUUCCUCUCGGAUUGAUACUCGUGGAGCUGUCCUUGUGCCAGACUCUCGAGACAUUAAGGACUGCUGAGGAUGAGGAUCAGAUGGAAGCAUGCGCUGAUCUCAAGACGGCGGCCCGCUUUGUCAAUCUCGUGGAGCAACAAAGUGGAACCGAGUAUAAGAAGGUUGUGAAAGCCUGUUUAUUCUGGCCCGGGAGCGAGGAGUUUGAUUUGGACAACGAAGAGAUGCAAGAUGAUAUGUUUCGUUUGGUGAUCUUGCCUCUCAUUGAAAAUCUCCGAAUAUUUGAGGGUGGAGGGUAG